AUGGGAUGCAUACUGGCAGCUCGGGCUGAUGAGAUUGAAGGAAGGAUAAAGGCGCACACAAAUGGCAUACUUGUUCCGGCCGCAAAGAAGGUGUUUAAGGGUGCCCAUAUUGAACUGAAGCGCCUGUGCAACGCUUCUUUUUUUGAACUUAUCAAUGAAAAGAAAUUGUUUACUAUUUUCCUGCUUCGCCUUAUCAAGGACUCCGCAACGCGUAAAGUAGUCUGUGGCACUGAGGGGGGUCAAUAUCAGGGAAUAGGUGUGCUGCUGGUGGUUGUCUGUGGUCCUGGCUCUAUCUUGCAGGCACAUAAAGCGAAUGAAUUUGUCGUCUUGGAACAGCUUAAAGGAUGCGUCAGUAUUGUCCGUGCUGUUGCCCGCGGCGACGGGACUCUGGCUUCUCCACAUCUGUAG